AUGUUUUUUUUAACAAAUGUACUACUAAAAUGCAACUCUAAACGUCUGGUAGUACGAUUAGAUAGUAGUGUCUCUAGUGGCUACUACUACCUAACCAGGAUUUCACCCUUAAAAGCUAAACAUCGCAUGGCACUUAGGAAACAUGAUCCCAGAGUCAAUAAACACGUGGUUUUUUAUCAAAUCGGUCCUGCUGGUUCCACCCAGACCAAACCACCAACUUUACACUCUGCAAAAUAUGCCAGGUUUGUAGGUAAAAACAAGAACAUGCGACCCUUACUUGCUAGGGUCGAACGCGCCUAUGAGUAUGGAAAGUUUCAUGCCUUUGACCGAGCCUACCCUAGACUUGUAUCAAACAGGGCCAGAACCCUACCCCGCAUGCAGUGA